AUGCCCGCGAACAUUGUGGUGCUGCCUUUGUUGCUUCUGUUGGAGCUGGACUUAGGGUCCUCACAGGUUCUGCCCCCGCCCUGUGACAGCGAGAUUUACUGUUAUGGGCCCCUGCUACAUGCAGUUCAGAUGGCCAAGCUCUACAAGGACGACAAGGAGUUUGUAGACAUGGGCAUGUCCCUACCUCCAGAGAACAUCCUGAAGAAUUUUAAAGAUCUGUCCCAAGCCCACAAUAAUAAUAUCCCCCGGGAUAAGCUGGAGGCUUUUGUCAAUGCCAGCUUCCGGGCCAAGGGACAAGAGCUGGAAGUCUGGACCCCUGAGGACUGGAAAGAGAGCCCCCAGGUUCUGAAGAACAUCUCAGACCCCCAGCUUCGUACCUGGGCAGAGCGGCUGCACCAGCUAUGGAAGAAGCUGGGGAGGAAGGUGAAAGCGGAAGUUAUCAGCCAGCCCCAACUGUAUUCUCUCAUCCCGUCCACACAUCCCUUCAUCGUGCCUGGCGGGCGCUUCCUUGAGUUCUAUUACUGGGACUCCUACUGGAUCAUGGAGGGUUUGCUGCUGUCUGAAAUGCCACAGACCGUUAAGGGCAUGCUGCAGAACUUUCUGGAUCUAGUGCAACUCCUGGGCCACAUCCCCAAUGGUGCACGUGUGUACUACAAGCAACGCAGCCAGCCCCCACUGUUGACCCUCAUGAUGAACAGCUACUUCAGCUACACGAAGGAUCUCCCCUUUCUAAGGGACAAUAUUGAAAAGCUCGCUAUGGAACUGAAUUUCUGGGCCAACAACAGGAACAUCUCUGUGAGUGCAGGCAACAAGAACUACACACUCAAUCACUACUUUGUGCCCUAUGGGCAGCCCAGGCCUGAGUCCUACAGCAAAGACUUCGAGCUGGCUACCACCUUGCAGGAAGGUGAACGAGAGACUCUAUACACUGAACUCAAGGCCGGCGCUGAGUCUGGCUGGGACUUUUCUUCCCGCUGGUUUAAUGGAACCUCAAAGCCCAACUCGCUGAUCAGUAUCCGGACCAGCCGACUGGUGCCCGUGGAUCUUAAUGCUUUCCUGUGCCAGGCAGAGGCACUGAUGAGCCAGUUCUAUACCAUCUUGGGGAACAGCCAGCAAGCCCGGAAGUACCAGGACCUACGUGCACAGCGCAUGGAGGCCAUGCAGGCCCUUAUGUGGGACCAGCAAAAAGGGGCCUGGUUCGACUACGACCUGGAUAAGAAACAGAAGAACCCAGAGUUUUACCCCACCAACUUGGCACCACUCUGGGCUGGCUGCUUCCAAGACUUGAAGGUCGUGGACCAGGCUCUGAAAUACUUGGAGGAUAGCCAGAUCCUGACCUACAGGUCCGGAAUUCCCACCUCCCUCCGGAACUCAGGCGAGCAGUGGGACCUGCCCAACGCCUGGGCCCCCUUGCAGGACCUGGUCAUCAGAGGUCUGGCCAAGUCUCCUACACCGAGGACCCAGGAUGUGGCUUUCCAGCUGGCCCAGAACUGGAUCCGAACCAACUAUGACGUCUACUCCCGGACAUCAGCCAUGUAUGAGAAGUAUAACAUCUUGAACGGUGGACAGCCAGGUGGCGGAGGGGAAUAUGAAGUUCAGGAGGGCUUUGGCUGGACCAAUGGCGUGGCCCUGAUGCUCCUGGACCAGUACGGAGACAGGCUGAGGUCCAGAGCUCAGGCACUGCCCUCGCAGCCACUCUGCCUGGCAGCUGUCCUGCUAUCCACAUCCCUGCUCAGCUUCCUGCCCUGGUGA